AUGGAUCAACCGCCACUGCCUGAUCAGCCACAAGAGCCUCCGACUUUGACCAAUCCUCGGUUCACCCUUGAGCUCGAAUUUGUCUCCUCCCUCGCAAACCCCUACUACCUCUCUCAUCUCGCUGUCAACUACCCAAACCUACUAGGGAUAUCUGGUGCUGGCGAUGAUGACGACACGAAGGACGAUACCUCUGAUCCGGACGCACAGGCAUUCGCGGCCUACCUUGCCUACCUCUACUCCUACUGGAAGACUCCGGAGUACGCCCAAUUUCUGACGCAUCCCGGCGCAACCUUGCGUGCGCUCCGUCUUCUUCAGGAAGAGACAUUCCGCCGUGACAUUAUUCGUCCGCAAGUCAUCGAGGGUUUGGCGGGCACCGGCGUCGUUGGCUACCAGGACGGUACGGACGCUGACACGGGGCAGCAGGAGGGGGAACAAGCUGGACAAACCCAGGACAAUCAGGGAGAGGGGACAGACAAUCCGUUAAAAACAUGA